GUCAACCCUCAAAUCCUCUAUACCCGACUCUACUUAAACCUUAUAAUAAUCACGCUUCUCAUCUUGCACAAAUACCCCCAAAAUACCCACAGUAGCGCUUCAAAUACGACACAUUGAAUAAGGUACAAUUAUCUAUAGCAUGAAAAUUGAAGAUCUAUGUUAGGGUAUCCACGAAAUAUAUUUAUGGUCCACCCCGCGACUUCAUUACCACCAUAACUUCUCCCUCCCCCAGAAAAAAUUUUAUUUCCUUUAAAUUUUGUGAAAGAAAGGAAAGAGAAAAGAUUUUUCAUUUUCGGUGAAGAAAGAUUCGAUCUCCUUUGCCUUAAACGGAACUUCAUGGCGAUUCAAUCAGUGAAAGUGGGCAACGUUUCCUUGGGUGCGUCUGAGCAAGAUAUUAAGGAGUUCUUUUCCUUCUCUGGUGAAAUUGAACAUGUUGAAAUGCAUGGUGAGAACGAGCGAUCUCAAGUUGCAUAUGUUACUUUCAAGGACCCACAGGGAGCAGAGACUGCUGUUCUUCUUUCAGGGGCAACAAUUGUGGAUCAGUCUGUUACCAUAGAGCUGGCUCCUGAUUACAAGCCACCUGCUACUGCCUCUGCAACACCUGCAACAGAGAACAAAGGUGCUGGAAAGGCUGAAUCUGCAGUCCAGAAGGCAGAGGAUGUUGUAGCCAGCAUGCUAGCCAAGGGAUUCAUUCUUGGAAAAGACGCAGUGAGCAAAGCAAAGGCCUUUGAUGAGAAGCAUCAGUUCACAUCAACUGCCACUGCCAAAGUUGCUUCUCUGGACCAGAAGAUUGGUUUUACUGAGAAAAUUAGUGCUGGCACAACCAUGGUGAAUGACAAAGUGAGGGAAAUGGACCAGAAAUUUCAGGUUUCUGAGAAGACCAAGUCUGCAUUUGCAGCUGCUGAGCAGACAGUCAGCAAUGCUGGUUCUACUAUCAUGAAAAAUCGUUAUGUUUUAACUGGAGCCUCAUGGGUUACUGGUGCAUUCAACAAGGUUGCUAAGGCAGCAGGUGAUGUGGGGCAGAAGACAAAAGAAAAAGUUUUGGCUGAGGAGGAACAAGCUCACAAACCGGAGGGCUAUGCACCGAUUAAUGUGUCUGAAUCUUCCAAAGCUGCUAAACCUGCUACCAGUGAGCAACCUUCCAAUCCCUCAUCUGCACAAGGUUUAAUCCUUUAAUUUGCAAACGACUGUAAAUACCAGCAUGAACAGUAUGGAUCAUGUCAUCUGAGUUCUGCUUUCUAGUUUGGACAUGGUUAAAUGUAGGAUAGUAUGUCGCAUAUUGUUUGAUAUGUUUGCUACACUUGACUUUAAGAAAUAAUAAUAAUAAUAAUAAUAGAUGCCAAUUUUAGCAUCAAUUUCUCUCA